CAUCUGUUUUGUCCUUUUUUGGUAAUACAUUUUACAGUUAGCUGUGUUGAAGUUUAUAGUUAGAGCUGUUUGAAGCGUCAGUGAGGGACAUUAAACUGGGCUUGUGGGUUUCUGUAGAAAGGCAGCAGGGUUACUGAGAUUUUAAAUUUGCAACCACACCUGCACAGGAUGUCACACUCAAAUUGAAAGGGGUCAACACCACUCUUCCUAGUUUGACAGAUGUUUGUGGCCAGAUUUGUACUGUUAAGAAGAUUUUUUGUGCAUUUCUAAUCGCUCAUAUCAAGCAUUCGGGACAGUGCAACAAAAAAGAGGUUAAGAACGAAAGGUGCUUCCAAAACAUAUUGUGCAUCACAAAUUGAGUAACAUGGAGAUGAUACCGUUGAAAAUGGUCAAUAUUCCCUCCAUUCCUCAGGUGAGUCUCAGGUAAUUGGUUCACUCCAGCCAAUCACGGCCACCCUGGGCGAUAGCGCCAUCCUGCCGUGUCAUGUGACACCCGAAAUUAAUGUUGCGGAACUGACAGUGGAGUGGUCGAGGCCCGACCGUCAGCCGGACCCAAGUGAUCGGCUGAGCAGGGUCGACUACGUCCACCUUUACCGAGGCAACCGUGAGGUCCCUGACAUGAAGAUCUCAUCUUACAUCAGAAGGACGGAGCUGUUCACAGAGGGACUGAGACGAGGCAACAUAUCGCUCAAGAUCAUUAACGUGACGCUCACAGACGAAGGAAUAUACAGGUGUUUCAUCCCGAAGUUAAGGAGCAGGAGUCGGGCUUCAACUGUUGAACUUGUUAUCAAACCAAACUCUGAUCAAACCUGGACAACAGAGAUGCCACUGCAUCCCAGAAAUCUACAAACCCAAGAUCCGACAGAAGAUACUUUCAUUAGAGGUGGUCAGGCCAGUCGGAGCAGACUGAGCCUGGUUUGGGUCUUGUGCGUCUUGCUGAUCUUGAGUUUUGGAAUCAGAGGAUACACACUUCUAGAGGAGCGUCUAAAACAAAAAAGUGAACGUAAAGACAAAGAGUCUUUUCUAAACUGGGAAUUAAACCUCAAUUGA